GGAGACUACCAAAAGCCCUCGGCUCCAUCGCGCGACAAGCGCAUCUGCGACCAUGUCGGCGUCGUCGCUAAUGGAAGACCUCGUGGAGCAAAUCCUUGUCCGCCUCCCGCCGGAAGAUCCCGCGUGCCUCGUGCGCGCGUCGCUCGUCUGCAAACCCUGGCGUCGCCUCGUCGCCGGCCCCGCCUUCCGCCGCCGGUACCGCGAGUUCCACCGGAGACCUCACCUGCUGGGCGUCCUCCAAAUCCUGCAAGGCGAUGAACCUUACUACUCCCGAUUCGUCCCCACCUCCGUCUUUCGCGUUGUGGAUCCCGUCCUUCCAUGUUGGUUGGUUGUCGACUGCCGCCACGGCCAGGCCCUCUUCGCCACCACAAACCCGCGCAUCGAGGGGACCUUGGACCUCGUCGUCUGGGAACCCAUGACGGACGACCAACGCCGUGUUCCGCAGCCCUCGCCGGAGCCGGAGGACUACGUCGACUACGCAGCGGCGGUGCUCUGUGCCGCGGAAGGCUGCGACCACUGCGGCUGCGAGGGUGGGCCCUUUCGUGUGGCCUUCUGCCCACUUUGCGGCUAG